GGCUGAGAGCCUUUGCCUUCUCCUUAAGGAGUAAAUCAAACCAAAAAAAAUAUUAUAAUAUAUGGAAUGUGAUCAAAUUUGAAGAUGGAAAAAUAAAAACUGAAUUUUAAAUCUUGUUUGACAAUAAAUAUUUUCCAUAAUUUAGGUUUCACAUUUAACCAAAGCACGGGUGCAGGUCUUAUAUCUUGUAAACAUGGAUAUAGAAAAAGAAUAUCGUCCUAAUGUUGACGUUGAUCCUAAGAAGUGUAAAAAAAGUAAAAAUAAUGUUAGUUUACCUAAAAAUGCCUUUGCAUUAUAUAUUAAAUUAUAUUGUAGUCGAAAAGACACAAAAAGCUUAAAGCAUACCAGCAAAAUGAUUGAAGCUACUAAGUCUUGGAUUACCUUGAGUGAUUUUGAAAAGCAAAAGUUUUACAAGAAAUACAAGGAAUAUCAACAAAAAUAUUCAGAUGUAUUUGUUAAUCAUUUACAAAAAUCAAAACCAUUUAUGAAAAGAAAGGUUUCAUCAAGAACUAAGAAAUGUUAUGUAAGUAAUAAUGGACACCUUAAAUUAGAGGAAGAAGAAAAUGAACAAAAUGUACCCAAUUUAGAAUCAGAACAACUUGAGGGAAAUAAUGGUGUAAAUGAGAUAUGUGACAAUUUUGAUGAAACUGAGAGGGAAAAUAUAGAGGAGACAUGCUAUGAAGAAGAUACAUUAAAACAGUCAACAAUUUCAUAUCCAGAACCAAUAGCUCCCAAUUUAAUAAGUGGCAAGGAGUUGUUUGAGGUAGUUCAGUCGAAUACAGAAAAUAAUUUAACAUGGUCAACAUUACCACCAAGAGAAAGAAGUCUAUAUAACCAAGCAAUCCUCACCAUGAAAAAAGAUUACAUCCAUAAAUAUAAAUUAUAUUUAGAAAAUUUAACCGAAAAAGAGUUGUUUGAUCAUUAUAAUAAAUGUUUUCAAUGAAAAA